CUCCGGAGGAAGGCACUGAGAACAAAGGAGAAAGAUGUUGCCAAGGCCAAAGCCUGGGGAGUCCGAAGCAGAUUUGUUGAAAUUUCAGAAUCAGUUCCUGGCAUCAAAGGCUUCUCCAGCAGUGAAGAUUGUAAAGAAGGCAGAUAAGAGAAGAGGGGAUGGGGGAAGUGGAGAUGAGGAGAGACUCCCACUGCAGCAUGACAGAGAUGUGGUGUCACUAGAUGGCUUUCCUGUUGUGCCCCCAGCUCUGACACCAGGUCCCCCAAAGAAAUCCAAGUUCAGAAGUACCCAUGUUCACUUUGAGGAUCCAGAGGAGCAGUUGGGUCACGGUGAUCAACACAUCACAGCUGUCCUCAGCAAAAUAAUUGAACAUGACACGAGUGCAGGAAGUGUGACCAUACCGUUGUCCACUGGAGAUCCAUUUCCCAGAGUUUUUCACAGGUCUGAAAUAAAAACCGAGCCAAAACCAGAAGCUGGAAGGAAAAGUAUAUUUUCUCAGAAGAUAGCUGCUAAGAGAGCAGCUGAAGUGGCUCAGGCAUCCCCUCCAGCUGGGCAGAAAACCACAGAGCGGACAACUCCAGAUGCUGCCCCUCCUCCCAUGGCCUUGGAGGCACUGCUGUUAAGGACCGAGGAAGAAAAGUCUGUUGGUACCUUGAAUAUUCAGUGUCCUCGCAUUGUGACUGGCGAAGGCCUCGGAAACCUGGUUGGUGACCAGGAAGCCCAGAAAAUCCAUGAGGAGAACUUGGAGAGACUGCAAUCAAUGUCCAUGGAAGAGAUUUUGGAGGAGCAGAAGCAAGUGCUGGCUCAGUUAGACCCCAGUUUAGUCACUUUCUUAAAAUCACGAUGUGGUAUUGACACGAGUCAGAAAGGAGAGGAGAAAAUGGAGCUAGAGAAGCUAGAAAAGCUUGUAAAUUUGGAACCGAGGUCCAAAUCCCAGCGUGAGGCAGAGGAAAUUGUGGAAGCUCCUUUCUUACAGGACCCAGCAAUGGAGCCAGACACAGAAGACUCUGAAAGGACAGAAGCCUUCACAAGAAUGAACGUCAGAGGUGGUGAUUUUCCUCUAAAACCUAAGAAAGAAUGGCUCCACAUGGACAACAUGGAGUUUGAGAAACUGGAGUGGAUGAAGGAUCUUCCCCUUCCUCGGCAGAAGAAAACUAGAAAGGGGAUGCAAGCACGCUUCAGUCUGAAGGGGGAACUUAUCUCUCCAGAUAAAGACUUCCCUACAUAUCUGGGCCUGCACCACCACGGAGAAGAAGCCGAGAGAGCUGGCUAUUCACUCCAAGAGCUCUUCCAUUUGUCUCGCAGCCAGGUCAUUCAACAGAGGACUCUGGCUUUGCAUGUGCUUGGUCAUGUUGUUCAGAAGGCCAAGGCGGGAGAGUUUGCUUCAUUGCUGAAGGGAAGUGUCCUCCGUGUACUGCUUGAUGCUGGUUUCCUGUUCUUGCUUCGUUUCUCUCUGGAUGAUACAGUGGAUAAUGUCAUUGCAGCUGCUGUCCACACCCUCCAUGCAGUGUUGUUCUCUCCAGAUGAUGAGGAGUAUCUUGACAAGACCUUCUCGUGGUACCAGGGUAUGGCUGUGUUUCCUUUAAUCCCAAACAAAGAGGAGGAAGAAGAGGUGGAGGAGGAAGAUGAAGACGAUGACAAUGAACAGACUCCAAUGGAAAAUAAAUUAAGGAAAAAAUCAAAAGAUGAGAACAAGCCAGACCCAGAAGUGGCACGAUAUGAUCUUAUAAAAGGCCUUCUGAAGACCAAGAUCCUUCACCGCCUGAGAUACAUUCUUGAAGUCAUGCGGCCUGUUCCUUUGGUAGUCCUGGAGAUUCUAGAUAUUCUCACGCGCAUUGCGAGGCACUCUACAGAAGUAUGCUGUCAGAUCCUUGAUUGCCAUCGUUUGAUUGAGACUGUUGUCAGAGAGUUCAUCCCUACCCAGUGGGAUCCGAGAGUAGCUGAGCCGGGGCAGUUGCUUGCUAGUGUACAUGGAGUUCCAUGCGCUGCAGCCAUGAAGCUGAUCAGAGUCCUGGCCUCUGGAGGGCGGAAUGCAGCUGCCAGACUGCUUAAUAAGUAUGAGAUGAAGAAUCGGCUGAGUCGAUUUGUAGCCGAAGAUCCCAAAGACCUUUCUCUGAGGAGAGAGGAGGCCAUAAGGCUGAGCACUGAAGCUUUCCGCUUGUGGGCCGUGGCAGCUGGCUAUGGUCAGGCCUGUGAUCUCUACAGGGAUCUUUAUCCUGUGCUGGUGAAGAUGAUUCCAUCCCUUUCCCAUUUGGUGAAGAGUUCUGAGGAGAAUACAUCUAUUUAUAACCUUUCUAUUGAGAGAGCCACAGCCAUAGUGACCCUGCUUUCCCAAAUAACUCAAACUGCUGGCUGCAGAGCAGAACUACAGGCCCGGCUCAGCAGGAGUGGCCCAGAAGAUGGAGAUCAGAUUCCUCCUCCACCAGUCUCCUGGAGUCAGGUGUCAGGUUUCAGACCCCUCAUUGAAACUAACCUGAAAAAAUGUCUGAAAGUAAUAUCUGAACUGGAUACCUGGCAGGCACUGCAGCCUCUUGCAACAACCUAUGUGAUCUACCUGGGGUUGUAUUACAACAACUGCAGUCAGCAGCCGUCAGUAAAUGCUGUAGACUGCUUGGAGGAAGUGGAGCGACUGACCUUUGAGGUGGUGCUGCCUCUCCUCAGCCAGCCAGCCAUGCAGACCCAGUGGGAAAUGCUCAGGCCAUGCUCAGUUCUGUGCAAUCCUCUAUCCUGUUCCCCAGCACCAGAGUCUCUCCCCAGUAUCGUGUCUCUGAGUUGCACAGGAGGCAAGUCCCCGACGAAUUUGGUGGGCUCCAAAUCACCAUUCGCCUUUCUGACUUCCCUCCUUGCCCUUGUCGACAGCAUCACUCGCAUCCAUAAAGGGCUGAUCGGCGAGUAUGUAUGUGUGCUACAUACAAAGGGUCUGAAUGACUACCUGCUCCAGAGUUGGACCACCGGGCCACCUGCUAUUUUCCACUCUUCAGUGAUGCUCUUGCGCCAUGAAUACCACCUGCAAUAUUUUGUGCUUGCACUGGCUCAGAAGAUGGCAGGCGCUUGUCCAGAUUAUGGCCAGCAUGCUUCACUCCAUCACUGUGUUGCCAUGGUUUUGUUAAACCGUUUGUUGCCAGGCAGUGAGCACCUGGCUCAUGAGCUCCUGUUGGGCCUUGCCUUCAAUCCCAAACUGAUUCCUGAAGGCCAAGCAGGGGGGCCAGAGGCUGCUGACUUCUCGGACAUCCUGCACCUGGGCUCAAGGGCAAAGCUGAGGCAGCCAGGCUCAGCGGCUUCCAUUUCUCCCCACCCCAGCCGCGGAGACUUACUGAAAGAAGCUUACCAGCGCCUCCCGCUUAUCCAGACUUGCUACCUCUCUCAUUUUGUUUACUUGGAGCCUGCACUUGCUCGUUCCAGAGAUGCAUAUCAAGGAAGAACUCACCUUGUCCAGUCCAUGCUUCUUCCUGAGGUCAGAGGACCUAUCCUCCCUUCUGACUGGCCUUUCCUCCCACUUAUCAGCCUCUAUAACAAAGUGACCGGUGCCGAAACGCGGUGGGCUGCCGUGAACUCUUUUCCCGCGGAUCUGGUGAACGUUGUGACCCAGAGCUUGCAGUGGAUCCUCCUCUUGGAGACCUGGAGAGCCAGAAUCCUUCAGGGAAUCUCAGCAGCAGCCAGACUUGCGAGGCUGAUGUAUGUCUUCCUCACUGGCAGUGACUUGUUCCUGGAAAGUGCUGUCCAUUGUUACAUGGCUGCUCUUCUCUCACUUUAUUGCCGCAACAAAGUCCUGGACUCCUUGGACUUGGACGCUCCCCUCCCUGGUUUAGCUUCUUUCUAUGACCUCUACAUCAACCUCCUGGAACAGUUUGAAGGAGUCUCCUUUGGAGACGCCCUCUUUGGAGUCUUUGUGCUUCUUCCUUUACAAAGGCGGUUCAGCGUCCAACUAAGGAUGGCGGUCUUUGGAGAGCAUGUGAGCGCCUUGCGGGCGCUGGGGGUUCCACUCCAACAGUUCCCUGUACCUCUGGAGCUGUACCUCUCCCCACCCGAGGACAAUCUGAAUCUAGUGAGGCAGUACUUCCGGACUCUGGUCACAGGUGUCUUGCGGCAGAGCUGGUGCCCUGUGCUGUACGUGGUUGCCGUGGCUCACGUGAACAGCUUCAUUUUCUCUCAGGAGAGCACAACGCAGGAGAUUGAUGUUGCCCGGAAAAACAUGUUGCGGAAGACCUGGUUCUUGGCAGAUGAGGUGUUAAAGAAACAUCUUCUCUACUACAAGUUGCCCAACAAGAAUAGCCCGGUAGGUUUUGACCUUUAUGAACAGCUUCCUUCAAUUCGACUGAGGCAUUUGCACACAGUGACUAUGCAGGAGCAUAAAGAGGGCACAUCGCUGUCAGAUUUGUAGCGAAGAAGCUUCAGGACUGGAUGGGACAAAA